UUAAAUGUAUUAGUCAUUGGUGUAGUUUGUUUAUGAAAAUGAUUAAAAUAUUCGAGAACAAAUUACGCCAUUCUUAAUAGAAACAAAGAAAAAAUGAUAUUCAACUUUUGUCCCAUUUACUUAAUUUGAAACAUUGUGAAUCAUUAGAUGAUGUCAAAAAUAUCAACUUUUUAAAAGUUUUUUCAUUAAUUUUAAUUAAUUUAACUGUUAAAAUAUUCAUUUAAGAAUAUUCCUAUAUUUUUAAGCAGGAAUAUUUGUAUUGACGCUCUACUCCGUUUUCAUCCUUAAAAAUUCCUUCGAAAAAUUGGGGAAAUCCUCUGGUCCUCUUCUCAAAUUAAGUUUAAAUUAAUUGAUAUUUAAUUUUCCCGAUAAUAAAAUUUAUAUUUUUAAUGAAAACAAUAACAAAAUGUAAUGUUAUUAGCAAAUAUGAAUAAAAUUAGAGAAGCUUAGAAAGUGCGGUUUGCUACAGAAAAAUUGUUUUUAGGAAUAUCAGAAAACUGUAAAGGAUAUUGCACAAACAUUUGUCACAUUGUAUGCUCUAUAAACAUUGUUUACAUCAACUAACUGUUAACAAACGUCAGAGUUUCUCAGGUAUCAUCGUCCUUCGAAUCUUUCUCUUCAUAAACACCUGGCUAUAGGUAUAAUGUUAUGAACUAUGUACCUACCGAAAUGUCAUAUCCGGUAUCAAUUUUCUUUUGAUUUAAAACAAAUUUUAUGUUUUAUGCAAGCACACGUAUGACUGGCAGCUAGUUAAAUCUAGUUACUAUUAAUUUACGUCAUUUUAAAUUGUUUCGUUCGAGUUUACAAGAAUAACUACGAAGAAGCGAAGAGACUAAACAGUUCGAGUCCCUCAUCGGCACAAGUCAUGUCUUCUCAGAAGAAUGUCGAACAAGGAAGCCAAGAUCCAAAUUCCAAACCACCUUUUACCUACGGAGCCUUGAUCACCAUGGCUAUCAGAAGCUCUCCAGAGAAGAAACUCACUUUAAAUGAAAUAUAUAAAUUCUUUAUGAAAGAAUUUCCAUACUUUCGCAAAAAAAUGGAAGACAACGAGAAAGGUUGGCAGAAUAGCAUCAGACAUAAUCUUAGUCUAAAUCAAGCUUUCAAGAAAGUAUCCCGUGAAGAAGGUACGGAUCGUAAAGGUAAUUAUUGGGUAAUAGAUCCAGAAGCCGAAGAUAUGUACGAGAAUAAUAAUUAUAGAAAGAAACGAAGGAUUAGAAAGAAACCUUAUCAACCGCCACCGUCUAUAACUAAACAACUUUUUCCAGAUUCGUAUAAUCCAUUAUCUUUAAGUCAUAACACAUAUUUAGCUACCAAUUAUACGGGUGCCACCGUUUCUCCUAACUGGUCUCUAUCCCACGUUCAGUCUCCAGGAUACAAUUCCUGCCAGAGAAUGACAACUGGACAGGCCACCCUGCAUUCGCCGUACGGUCACGUUCAACCGCAGUAUGAUACAGGACUGCAGUCUCUACAGUUAGGCACCAUGAGUGGUUAUACCCCACACAGCAUCGGUAGUGGUGCUACAGCGGGCUCAUUUCCUGCAAGUUUUCCUCCCUGUAGACGUCAAGCUCCCGCAGAUGGUAUGCACACAGUCCAUUAUUACCCGUGGCCAGAGAAACAAGUUGUUCUAGACGACGGCGUAAAGAAAAGUUUCUUUUAUCAUAAAACUGACGAUGCUUUUAUUAAGGAGGAACAAGUGGAAGGAAACAGAAUUUUCUUCGCUUGACCGGUUUGGUUCCUUCUUUCGCGUACAAUUCCAUAUAUUAAAAAUACGUGGUCCAACUUAGAAUCGCUAAGGUGCUGUAACGAAUUUUUGAUAAUGAUAAAUGUGAUAUUCAGAAAAUUAUUUUGAAAUAUUUCUGUUUAAUCGCCAUUAUACCUCAAAAACUAAAGGAAACAAACUUUGACAAUGGAUACCUUACACACCGCAUCUUUUUAUAAUUUCUUGUUUAUUUAGAAAAUUAUAUCAAGAAAAAAAAAUAUUUUAAACAUAAAUUUAUAAAACUUUAUAUAAUAUACAGUGAAUUUUCGACCAAAGUCUUAAAUGUAUAAAAAAAUUUUUUAUAAACGGUAUAGUAAGGUAUACAGAUUCAUAAUUUUUAAUCAUUUCUAGCAAAAAAUAAUGAUGAAAUUUUAUAAAUUUCUAUUUACAUUUUUCAAUUAUUUUAUCAUUAUUACUACAAAUCAAUGCAUUUGUAAUGAUUUUCAUUAUGCAAAAAAAAUAACCAUUAUUCUUUCAUAACAAAUAUUAAGAUUCUCAAUUUUGUUUAUUCAAUGUUUAUAAAUUUGCUCUGUCAAUUUAAAAAUAAAAAUAUGUAAAACUUUUUUUUGUUUUGCAAAUUGUAAACUUCUUUUUAAACACCCGAAUAAAUAGCCAUUUUGUUUAUCAUUAAAAUGUCUCGGAGAGAGUUUUUAAGUAGAAGUUUAUAUCUUUCAUUCAAAAAAUUAUUUUGAGGAAGAAAAGUCAUUUACAUAAAUUGUGGUAAUUCGAAACUCGUACUGUUUUUAUUACGAUGUUAUUAAGUAAACUGAUACCAAUUUUGAAAACAUAUUCAGAAAAAUAUAACAAAUUAUCUUUUAUUUAUUAUUUUUUAAACU